AAGAAGAGGAAGAAGAAGAGGAAGUAGAAGUAGAAGAAGAAGAAGAAGAAGAAGAAGAAGAAGAAGAAGAAGAAGAAGAGGAGGAGGAGGAGGAGAAAGAGACAGGAAGCAGGAGGGCGUGGAUGGCCCUUGUCGUGUCCGUCGGGGAACUCCGUCUUAUAUCUGCCGACACGAAGCUUCUGUUCCUCCGGUUCCGUCUCCUGGACAUGGAGGGACACACAUGGUCCAGACUGCUGCUGCUCGCCGCCCUGCUGAGCUCCGCUGCGGGCCAGAGUGUCCCGGUGUACGUGGUGGUCGGCGACCCGCUGGUCCUGACGCCUUCCGGGUCCGGGGCCUUGAGCAGCAUCGUGUGGGAUCUGAACGGAAACCUGGUGGCCGAGUGGGUCAAGUCCGACCCGGCGGUCGAGUCCGACCUGGAAUUCUACAGGUCGUUUAAAGGACGCGCGAACCUGAACCUGGCGACCGGACAGCUGGUGAUCGAGAACACGACUGGAGCUGACUCAGGGCUUUUUAAAGUGGCGAUCAACAAGGUGCAGCAGAGUCUGACUUACCAGGCCCAAGUGAUCAAGAGAGUGCCCGAGCCCGAGGUGCAGAUGAGAACCCUGACCUGUUCCCCCGACUCCAGCAACUGCACCCUGACCUGCUCUGGAGACGCCACCGGGGCCGGGGCCGUCACCUACAGCUGGAGGGAGGGAACUGGACCGUGGGGGCCGGAGCAGAAGAGCCCAGACACCAUCCUCCAGAACGACGAGGAGGUGCAGGGUGUUGAAACGAUCUCCUGUCGGAUGACAAACCCAGUCAGCAUGGAGGAGAGCGAGCCCCUCAAGAACCUGUUCUACAAGGAUCCAACUCCCUCUCCUGUAGUCGGGAAGGUUCUUGGUGUCCUCUUUGGGAUCGGUGCUGUUGUUGUUGUUGUUGUUGUUGUUGUUGUUGCUGUUUGGAAGCGACAAGCCAUCAAGAACUGGAUCUGUCCAAAUCCAGGAGGAGGUGAAGAUGCUCUUGCAGAGGUGAGGUCCACUUCUCCUGCUGCUGCCGGGGACAAGGCAGGCAGUCCUGAGACUGAACGUCUCAACGGAGAGCAAAGAGAAGUUCCCUCAGAUCCAGAUUCUCCUCUGGCCCCCAUCGCUCCAUGAUCCACACGUGUGUUGAGGCCCCGGCGAUAUCGAAAAAAAACCCAAACUUAUCUCCAUAGAUCUUGUUUCAUAUUGGUCGGUAUGGAGAUAUGCCACGAUAUCAGUCAAAUCACUAUUUCUGUCGAGCUUAAAGGCUGUUAGAUAUGAAGGGAUAAUAUUUAAAACAAAGUUAAUUUUGGUUUAAGUAUUAUUUAUUUUCUGUGAGAAGUUGAACAUGUUACCGAAGAGCAUCAUACAACUGCUGCCGUAUGAUACUACUAACGCUUUCGACCAAGUUUGCUUCUACUCCGCUUCUUAUGAACAAUGUCCUCGUCUCUUGAGCCUCGUGUCCGUCGGGACGUCCUCUUCAGCCCUGCGUGUGUUCAAGAUAGAACUCAGACAUGAACCGAAGUCCGGACAGUUUCCUGGAAUUCUUCCGCAGGAUCUGUAUGUGAGAACGCAAAUGUUGCAUUUUCCACAACUUCUCCUACACGUGAGAACGGCGAACUCCGUGAAAAUGUUCCGGACCCCAUGUCUCUGCCAAGGCCCAUCAAAUUGCUAACACGUUGAGAUGUUCGGGCCCCAGAUAUGUCCGUUCAUCAUUCCCUGGGAAAAUAUCAAAAAACUUCUCAAUGUUAUAAAGAAAGUGAUUUUAAAAUAAAUCCCUGGAUGGGCCCCUUUGUCCGGACCCGUGCCACAAUUCAAUGGGUUCUUUCCUGGCCCCUGUUCCAUCCAGUCGAGGGGAGAACAGCAUGAUAUGAAAAUGUGAUUUUGUGUUCUUCUUAAAUAAACAAAACAACUAAUGUGACAUCCGUGCUGCGACGGGGAACAAAAACUAAUGUGAGAUGGGGAAACGAAGGACAGAUGGUGUCCAUGACGCGUUUCAGUUCGUCGUAUUCCAGUGGUGGAAGAAGUACUGCAACGCUUUACUGAAGUACAAGUACAAACACCACCGUGUGGAAGUACACGUGACAUGUUACGUGUCUAAAAAAAAAGCAUGAAGAGAAACUUUCACAUACUAAAAAGUAUUCAAAAUAUUUGAUGUGCACAUGAGACGUGACAACAGUUAAGAUUGUGAAUUUAGUCCUUAUUGAUUUGCUAAUUUAUCAAUUGAUUUAAUUGUUGAGCUGAAUCCGCAGUGUUGUCAAAUAACAGGCGGGAGACCAAAAACUCAGAAACUGGAAGAAGCACUUAGAACGUGUACUUGAGUUAAAGUACGUCGCCGUGACCUUCCACCACUGCAGGAAACCAGCUCCUUAUAUGCAACGCUUAAUGUUUUAAGUUUUUAUUAAUAUGUCGCAGAAAGGCUGAUGUAUACAACUGAGUGCUUCUUGGUAGCAAUGCAUUUGAAAAAAAGACUGAGGUUCAUGAUUUCAAAUGUCCGAAAUUUGUGUGAGUUUUAUAUUUUAUAUUUUAUUUGAAUCCAUCUUCAUUGUGUUCAUCCAUCAGAAUAUUUGAAUGUAUUUGUUUGAACGCAGCGUGUAACACUGGUUCUUAUGUCUCUACUGUUCCCUCCUGUCUAGUUUGGCAAGCGCUUGCUCUUUUGAUAAAAUCAUUUACAGGAGGGGAAUAAUUGAUUGUUUCCAGCAUUUUUGCAAUAUUUGAUUUUUGGUAAAAUGAGAAAUAUAAAUGCGUGUCAGUAAUGUGUCUUUUGAAGAAUACAUCUCCCCUGUUGUAAUAAAACCUGUUGGAUUC